UUUCCCUUUGAAUAAAUCUCGCUUUCGAAAUACAAUACAUUCUCUCAAGGAAGAGAGAAAACAUAAUGGAGUGCGUGAAAAAGACGAUGGAAUAUAAUACUAAGCACCCGAAGGAGGCACCACCAAGAAGGAGGACGAAGAAGGAGAACGAAAGAGGUGGAGGCACAAGUUAGUAUAAAAGGGUCGAACCACAGUAUCUCGUCUGUUUCAAUACUCUCUACGAGUCGUGCGGUAGAUCACACGUGUCAUUGAUCGGGACGAUCAUCCGCACACGCGACGUUCACGGCUUCCACAUAGAGGAAGUUGAAAAGGUGGACUAGAAGGGAGAGUGAAAGAGAAAUUAAAUAAGAAAAGAGAGAAUAAUGAAACUAGUGGCAGUGCUUGCAUUGCUAUGCUGUCUUGCCAUAGGAGCAUUGGCAUCACCAGUGCCGAAAAUCAGCGAUAGCAAAGCAUCGAUUUCGAAUACUCUUGUCUCAGGAAGACAAGCACAAGUACCACCGGUAGCUACAGAUGAUGAUGAUGACGACGACGACGACGAUGACGACGUCGAUUUAGAUAUUACAGGAGAUGACGAUGACGACGAUGACGACGAAGAUGAUGACGACGACGAUGAUGACGAUUACUUGGAGCGUUUCAUCGAAGACAUUUUAGGAGGCGAGGAAGAUGAUGAUGAUGAUGAUGAGGAAGUAAGUCAACCGGCUUCACAAGUAACACCUGUAGCAGCCUCACCGAUACAGUCAGCACCAGCACAAUCACUACCAGCGGCAGUUCAAGCUGAUUUGAAUGCUGCUGCAGCAUCCGCAGAUAAUACAGCUGAGGAAGCAGCCAUUGGGAGUGAACCCACAUCAGCCGACGGAGACGCUUACGAUGAAGUUGAUGAAACUGCGGACAUUGUGCCAGAAGGUCAAGCUGUUAGCCAAGAAUCUGGACUUGAAGGUGCAGACUCUAUUGUGAAUCCUGUCGUCCAGCCAGCUAAUUCUCAAGCUGCAACGGCACAGGGUGACGACGACGACGAUGACGACGACGACGAUGAUGACGACGACGUCGACCUCGAUAUAACGGAAGACGACGACGACGAAGACGACGAAGACGAUGAAGAUGACGACGACGAUGACGACGACGACGACGAGGAUGCCAUUGCGGACAUCACCAGCGCCAGACAUGCACAUGAUUUGGAGUCGGAACCCAGCAGCUAUGUACCAGCCAUCUAUGUCGCGAAAUACAAUCACUUUGUGGACAACAUCCUCGAAAGAAUUAAUAAAAUUUUACGCACUAAUUAUGAUCCGGUAAYGGUCAAAUUAACUAACACGAACUUGAACUCGAAGUCGAAUAAAAAGAAAAACAAAUCCAAAACUAAGAAGAAUAAAAAUGGUUCGAAGAAGAGUGCUUCUGGAUCAAUCAUGCAUAUCUCCGAAAAUAUAAACAACGAAGAGUCGAAUGACGUACAGAAAAUGACAGAUUCUCACAAAAACUCACCUAUAGCUACAACUUUAACGGAUAUAGAACAACCAACAACUAUGUCAACUCUUGAAUCAUAUAACACUGCCAUUGUACAAAGUCGGAUGAGAAAUGGCAAAAGAAAAUCAUCUAAUUCGCAAAAUAAAAAAUCUAAUCGUAAUAAAACGAAAAAUCGAAACAAAACAAAAAAUUCAACAAACAGUAGUAACAAAAGUAAGGCUAAAGCAAGAGCGAUUUUAUACGGGCUCGCUUCGCUUCAAAGAUCAGGAGAUGUUUCUGUAAAUAUGAUGAGUGAUCAUACAACAAUCAAAACAAAAUUCACUUUGGGACCUUUAAUACUCAAAGUCGAAAAAGAGUUUGGUAGAGCUGCAAAGAAAGAACUUAGAAGUGCAACUGCUACCACAGCAGGAAUGUCUGGCAAAUUAAGUCUUCGUGUGAUGCACGGAGGUGCUGCCACGUUGCAUUCUAUUCGUGUUUUACAACCCAAACAGGUUCGCGUUGAAAGUGCGGACGAUCAUGAUAGAACAAGAGAAUUCGUUUGGAAAAGAUCGUCACAUAUUGCUCAUUUAGUAUCUCAAAAACUUUUAACAGCUACAAGGUCGAUGUUACGACCUCCACCUGUCCCAGCACUUGCUGCUUAAAUUGUUUUCGUACCUGAUCCAAAUGAAAUCAUUAUAUAUAUAAGUGCCAUAACAAUGGAUUCAAUUCGUCAUUUUGCGUUACUCCAUUUUGUGGUACACGCUCUUUGUUUUUGAAUCACGACUUAACCGAUUCAAAUCAAUGAAGAAUUAUUUGCUUAUUCUUUCUAUACUCUUACUUAACAGAAAAAAAACAAAGUAUAUUUUCAAAGAAGUUAUUAUUUUUUUGAAAAAAUGACAAAAAGAAAGUAUAAGUAAUAUGAUUUCAUUUUGGAUCAACAUUUAUUUUCUAACGUCUAUAUAUGUGUGUACUUAUUUAUUUAUUUAUAUUAUUUAUUUUAAAUAGUGCCAAUAU